AUGUCAAAGCAAUAUUCGGCCAUCGCGGCGGUACGUUGGCAGUUACCGUCAAGAGACUUCGUGAUGUUCGAAAACCAAUUCACUGCUAGUUCUGAAUACCCAGCGAAGGGCAAAACUUCACACACAAGAAAGAGCCUCGAGGAAGAUAUACUAUAUGACAACAUAACCGAUGGAACGAAGGAUAUAUGUUAUUUUUACUGUAAUGGUGUUAGGAGGUUGGGUAUCCCUAUAUCAUCUACUAUCAUCCAAGGGCAAGGGCUUGGUGUGAAGUGCCGUUUUUCUACUCUCACCGCGGCCUUCAAGCAUCUGGACAAAACAUGGCCCGAUGAGACAACGUUGGGUCAAAACCAGCGAGAUGAGCUAUUUGUCGGGAGGUUUCCAUAUACAUUUUCUGGUGAAAUUAUCACGAUCAGGGCUACCCCGGAAAAAUAUUAUAGGCUGCUUCAUGCGUUUGAUGCUACUGCCACUGAAUCAGAGAAAAGGAUGCUUGUUCUGCUUGGGUUCGAUAAGGACUUUGCUACCACGACUAUUCGGAACGGGCAGGUUAUUUUACACUAA